UACUAGUUACUAUGGAAGAUGCUAAACCACAUACACGUUUCAUCCUCAUUUUCUCCCCUCUCACACAGUGGUACGGUAUCCUCCUCAGUGAUUUAGGGGACUACAUGGGAACCAAACACAAGCUGGAGAAGUCCCUUGUUAUCCGGAAGCAUCUGGAGAGAGCUAAGGAGCUCAAUCCCAAUGACCCUACCACAGUAUACAUAUUAGGAUACUGGUGCUUCUCUUUUGCCGAGUUGUCAUGGUCCCUCCGGAAAUUGGCACCCGUGAUUUUCGGGACGCCCCCAACGUCCUCGUACGAAGAGGCUCUGGAGUUCUUCUUGAAAGCAGAAGAAGUGAAACCGGGCUUCUACAGUAAGAAUCUGCUGAUGCUGGGGAAGACCUACCUGGCCCUGAAGGACAAGGAGAACGCCCACCUGUGGCUGACCAAGGCCAGAGACUACCGGCCCAUCACCACAGAGGACAAAGAGGUAGGCCUCAGCCAUACCCAAUGGGAUGGGACCCUAGAAAACAACACUUAUUCUUGAAUUGGGAAAGGUAUAGUUGAAAAGGAAAAAGCUAAAAAAGUACGAGUGAGUGAUACAAGUCC